AUGAAAGUUCCGCUUCUACUCUGUGCAUAUAGUAUUAUUCAGUAUUGGGACACUUCGAAAUGUUCCAAAACGGUUCCAAUCUCAAAAUCAAAAGUUGAAUUUAUUCCACCACGCUUCUCGAUCUCGCUCGAGUCUCGCGCGCGUUUGUUUAGUUACGCUUACGCGCUGCAUGCUGCGCUUGGUAGACAUAUUGUCAAAAAUGCUGAACAGACUUUGAACAUAGAAAAAUCUCCAGACACUAUUUUUAUAUCUAAUAAUGAUGAAGUUGGUGAAAUACAGCAAUAUGUUGAAGAGAAUUCUUGGCCCCUGAAUGAAGUACAUAAUCGAAGUGUAGAGCAGGUAAUAAAUAUGGAAAGUGUACAGACGAUAAGGUUCGUAGCCAGCCAGCAUGAGCCAGCAAAUGAAGCUUCUAAUCUAAGGGGAGGAGAAGAUAAAGAAAAUAAUAUACAAAAUAACAGAGAGCCGUCACCAUCAACCCCGCUUUCUAAAAAUAAUGCUUCGGAAGAAAAGAAGAAGUUGACAAGAAAGAGACAACGAAAUCCCGAGGCAUGGAAGAAAAAUAAAAAUAAAUGUUUAAAAAAUUCAGGUAUGGCUUACACUACUGAGAAAGGAAAAUUAGUUAAUGCUAAACAAUUAAAACCUGGUUGUGGAGACAAAUGUCGGUUGAAGUGUACACUGAAGAUUAAUGAGCAGCAAAGAUUAAGUAAUAAUAAAUAA